AUGUCCAAAAUGUCAGUCCUUCGACUAAAGUGCAGGGAGGUUUGUCUGAGCAUUUGAUGAAUUUGAUCAUUGUGUGUUAGUGGAUGCUCAAAUGGUAACUAUUGUAUUGUAUCACCAGUGAAGAUGUCUUUUGGGUCAGAUUCUAUGAUUGACAGAUUAAUUGCCCAUUCCACCUGCACCCUAAUUGUGGUGUAAUUGACAUUUGUUUUUCCUGUUAUUCAGAAUGUAUAAGAUUGAUUUUUUAUUGUUGAAUAUGUGCAAUACAGAUAUCAGAUUCAAUAUUACUGAAUUUUAAAAUUCUUAUCCAAUUAUAUUUUUUGGUUCCCUCUCCAGUAAAGUGGAGUGUUUUUUUAUUAUUAUUUUCUAGGAGAACUCUCCAACAGACAGUCAGCUUACCUAUAUCAAGGAUCUUCUCUAUAAUGGAUUUUAUUGUUUUGAAAUGAUCACUGUAAGAAGCUUGGAUGAUGUUGUUUGCGGUAUUUGUGGCAUUUGCCCUGAAAUUUGUCUUGGUGAUGGUAAUGAGAAGAAUUGUUGUUCUAAUGCUCAGGUGCAUGAAACAAUUUCACUCUUUUAAUGACAUUAAUAAUGUGGAACUUCUCUAGAAAAAAAUAAUGAAUAUAAUGUCAUGUUUUCCCAUCAUUUCAAUCAUAGUGGAAAAAGAACAGGUAUUAGCUUCAUCCAAAAAAUUUUCCUUGUUGAUUUUCUGUAUCAUUUUCAUAGUAAUGUUGCAGUAGUAUUGAAGAGAUGUAAAGAAGUCUCUUUAAAAAAGCUAAGUCAAGGCUCAAGCAUUCUGUCAUGAUUUAAUGAGAUAAGCUGACUUCUUAUAGUACAUAUCCUAUUUUAGGGGGCUUUGUAAAUCAAGCCUUUUUGUCGGCUGUUGAUGCUUUCUAAGAGAGCGAAAGGUUUUACUGCACAUAAAAAAUUAUAAUAAUGAUGUUAUUAAUAAUAUUGAUGUGGAGGGACAAAGUGGAAGAGCCUGCAUUAAUCCAAACAUGCUGCAUCUAUAUUCCCAAAGAAAAAGUAAGCCCACACACUACUGACUGAUGUGCUUGUUGCCAAUUCAUGGAACCUUCUUCUCGACUCUUCUUAACAAUUUCUAGUCUUCUCCCUCUGUCUCCUGUUUGGAGCAGUUUAGAAUUUGUUCAGUGGCAGCUUAUUUUCCCUUUAAUUUAAUAUUAUUAUUGGAAGAGUUGUGUGGAAGUCUAUGGCUAAAGUUAUUCCUGCUGUUAACCGUCUUCUUUACAUAUUUCUUUUUUAGAUUCACUACACUAAGAAAGACGAACCCAAGAAGGACAUGAUUAAUCUUCCAGAAUUGCUUCAGAGAUUGCGAUUUCGAUGGCUGGAACGUGUGGUUUAUACCAGAAUAGCUAAACCGUUUUCUUUGUCAGUGGAAGAAAUUCCUCCUCUCAUCCCAUCUGUCUUGUCUGGAGAUGUGAUUUUCAAUACAGAGGCUGAAAAAAAAAGUGUUUACCUUGAAUCUGGUUCAAAGCCUUCAGGUAUAUAACAAAUUGUAUUGUGUAUGUAGGUAUUAGUAUGUAUACUGGUAUGUAUGUACGUACAUGUGUAGGUACAGUUGACUCCCGAUAACUCAAACCUUCCAAGGAAAAUCGAAAAGAGUUUGAGUCUUCGGAGCUUGAAGAAAAUAGCCCAGAGUAAGGACAAAAACAAUUUUGACAGCACAGUGGACAUUUUAAAGAAACGUUAAGUAAAAAUUAAACAGUACUUCAAGGUUAUAAAUCAGAACAUGGUAUAACAAAAAUGUUGCCUAAAUAGAACAUUUGUUUUAACUUUGAUGAGAAGUACAGCUGUUUUACAUCAGAUUUGUGCCAAACAUUAUGAGCCUCCACUAGUAGUAAAUGCCUACAAUGGGAAAUUCAAAAUUCAAUGUUAAAUCAAUUUUGUUUAGAGUUAGCAAGGGUUCAAGUUUUUGGGAGUCAACUGUAUGUGAUAAAAAUGCAGUUUAUUAUAUUAUGCAAAGUUAUAGUCCUUUCAGUCACUGAGCCAGAUGUCUUGAUGCAUUGGCCAAGCGAUAGCCCAGUUAUUACAAGAAAAUAUUGCACACUGAACAGCCAAUCAGAGCGUGCAUCCUGUUGUAUCCAUGUAAUAAAUGUACAUAAAAUGUAAAUUAUACCAAUGCAAUUACAUAUUUCAGGUGACCCAGCAAUGUUACAUAAAAUGAUUGUGGAUGGCAGCAUAGACAUGGAAAACCUGCAAGAACUUCAGUAUGAUGAUGUGGUCAAAGCCUGUUCUUCCUGUAACAUUGCAACUUCAGGAAAAUCAAAGGUACUAUAUAACAACUGCUGUUGGCCUUUUUUUAAAUGCAUUUGAAUUGGCACCUAUAUGUGUUAGAAAGUAAAGAUUUUUGCAUAGCUGUUAAAUCUGAGGAAAUGGAAUUUCUCUUCCAAUGUGGAAUAGCAGUUUGUGGGAUACAGCUACUGUAUUGCUUUCUUUAAGUUUAUUUUGUUUGUCUACACGAUAGUCUCCUAUGCAGUUGCUGUUUGGGAAAGUACAUGCUAUAGUGGUUGACCUUAUUUUUUUUUUAAUCAACUGAUUUACAAACAGUAUUAUGAUAUCUCUUUCAGCAAUUCUUGUGUGGGAUGCUUCAAGGACUAUACGCUUCAAUUCUCAUAGGCAAUUGCCCUUGUCAUAGUUUUGGAAAACUGCCUGGACACACUGGAGGAUUUUACCAUUUAGUGUGCCGUCACGGGGUAUGUAGUAUGAUUUUCAGUUUAGGCAUUAUGGUGGAAUAUUACUCGGGUUUUAAUAAUAUUGUCAUGUUUUGGCAUGGGUAGUUGGCUCCAUUUCUGACUCAUUUGCAUAUGGAAAAGCAUGGAUAAUUGUAGGUGGUGACAGGUUGUGGAAAACAGUAUCACUGGAACAAAAAAAAAUUGGUCUCUGACAACAGAGUAAUUAUUGAAAAGGUCAAAACAUCAUUUCUUAACUACCAUUAAUUUUUGAGCCUUACCCUACUUUGUUGUUUUCUUAAAUUGGUAUUAAAUACAACCGAAAUCAUCAACAGUGUCCCUUUUGUUUUUCAGAGCACUGUGGCAUCAAAAUUCCUUUCUCUUACGGAGUCUGUAAGGGAUGCUGCAGAUCUUUACCUGUCACUGAAACAUCCACCUGUUGUUUUCAUCAAUGAUACUCCCUGUGGAUUUGUCCGCCAUAUGGAGUGUCGUGAUCCAGCAAUUGCACAAGAGCUGUGGGGUUCCACAGCAGGGUGUUUUCAGACCCCAACUCUUCACCAGGAUCCGGAAGGGGUAUGUGCCUUUUGUAAUGAUACAAAAACUAUGUAGGGGCUGGAGGGUGGCGUUAGGGAAAAAAGAGCCACAUUGCAACAAUGUUUCACUGGUUUGAUGAGAAUCAGAUUCAUUAUUUGGAUGCACAAUGCUGGUUGGUAGACAUUUAAUUAUCGAUGAAGGCUUUCGUUGGCUGGCAAUGGUGAGAUUUGUCCUCUGGAGACCUUACAAGAAUUUUCCAAAAUAUAUGGAAAGUGUCCUUUGAGGAUUAGAGCAAGAAGGGGAUGAAAGUGGUGGGUAGACAUUCCUUCUCCAAAAGCUAUGGAAAACAUGUCUGAAAACAUCAGCUGCAGACAUGCUGUUGGCACAAUAUAUUUGUGGAUAUUUAUCACAGCCUCAUUAAGAGCUUUCUGUUAAAAAUCCCUCCCAGACAAAAUUUUUGAAACAAAGGAAUUUUUUAUGGAAUUAAAAAUAUUAAUAAAAUCAAAUAGUAUUCUUUCUGAUUGCAAAAUGUAGCCAUUGCUUAACCUACCCUUGUGGCAUAAUGGACAUCAGAGGUCAAUUUCUGUGUGUUCUGCAAUCACUGCCAUCUCCAGAAUUUUAUCUUGAUGUAUGGAAGUGUCAGACAUGCAUUAUAUUCCUCUGAGCUCUUGCUAUCACUUUUUGAUAUAAACUAUUCUAGUGGAAAGUGACCCCUGAUUAGUUUUAUUUUGUCACUGCCUGCAUUUUUAGCUCCUUUUUGUAUGUAUAGUGGAGGCAGAAAGAGGGACAAUACAUAUCUUGUGACAAAUUUGUUUCCAGCUGGCGAAAAAUUGAGGUGGAAAAAAAAUAGAUGUUUUUAUCAUACCAAGACAAGCCUAGUACAUUUUGUGGCUGGUCUACUUUUUCCAUGUUCAUUUAAAUUUGUCGUUUGUUUGCUUGGUUUUUUUAAUAUUCUAAUUUCUGACAAUUUUCAGAACCAGAAUUUUCCUUGCAUUGUUCCUUUGGAGUACAGUGAUGGCAGUAAUAUUCGAAAGCAGUCGAGUGUUGUUGCUAGGUCACAUCCCCUCAUAGACACCACCAAGCAUUUUGUACUUGGCGACCGAUUCCACGCUUCAACAAAUCCUCAUCAGUCCCAUCUGUGUAAAUUCCAUGACCUUGAUUUGUGUCUCCAAGCCAACACAAUCAAGACAAGUAUCCAGGAGUCCCAAAACAACCGAAAGAAUCAAAGGAGGCUGAGGAGUUCUACAGUACAGAAUUUUGAGACACAUGUUACCUUCAACUAUUUGAUGGAUUUUUAUCAAAACGAGGAAUUGGUUGACCGACAGCAAAAAAUUUUGAAACAAAGGCUGUCAGAGGGUCAACAUCUAACCAGAGACAACUGUUUAAGGUUUAAAAUUGUAUCUGAAUAGAUUUCAUACCAUCAAGAACUAUCUCUAGGUAGGGCCUAUUUAUGUCACUUUCUUAUUAUGCUCGCAUUAUUUUGAGCAUGCUAGCAUGGCAAAAGCAUCUAGCACAACAGCAUUAUGGCAAGAAUUUGGGUAUCAUUAAAAAGGAAAAAUCGGUCUUAAGUGAUGAAAUUCACCUAUAAACAGCCAAGCGUAUAUAUUUCAGAGGUUUCAAGCCAAAAUGGAAGAGAGAGCCUGGACCUAGUUAAUCAUGAGCAGCCGCCAUUUUGUUUUCUUGAUAUUCCAGCAUUCCAGUUACUGGAAAUUUUUGUUUCUGUUAUUGUGUAUGGAUGGAUGGAACUUUCGAGCAUUUUAGCAAGGCCAUAAGAGCAAAAUAAUAAAAAUUUUGAGCAUUAGCAUAAUGGCCAACAAAGAAAGAGUAAUGUCGCGGAAGCUCAAUUCAUAACCAGUGUCCUCUACAAACUAUUAUUUCAACUAUGUACAGUAAUAUAUGUACAUUUCGCAUUGUAGAAUUUCCUGUUGCUGCAGAAGUUUUCCCUUCCAAGGAUAGAAUAGAAGUGACUAAAGGGGUCUUAACUACUAGAGUCAUCUUGAAAAGGGUUAUAAAUAAGUUUGUGGUUUACUAAGAAACACCUUUCUCUGUAACAAAUUAUUGUCAACUUUAGAAGUAUGUGUUUCUAUGGGAAGGGUCUGGAAACGUUUCAGACCAAAAUAUGUGGCGAUGCCCUCGCAAAGCACAUUGAGGUAUGGGUCACUGCAUGCUUAAUUUGAUUGAGUGGCAUUUGAAAAUGAUUGCUUUCAUCAGUCUUGAUGAAAAUAAGGAAGC